AUGGCGACGGUCUUAAAACUUGUUCAACAAAAACUAUUAAACUCCAGAGAUUGGCUUCUUAAGCAAGUCCCCUUCUUAACACUAAAGGAAGUAACACUAACGGAAGUAACACUAACGGAAGUAACUCCAACAGAAGCAACACCAACGGAAGUAACACUAACGGUAGUAACACUAAAGGAAGUAACACUAACGGAAGUAACACUAACGGAAGUAACACUAACGGUAGUAACUCCAACGGCAGUAACACUAACGGAAGUAACUCCAACAGAAGCAACACCAACGGAAGUAACACUACCGGAAGUAGCACUAACGGAAGGAACACUAACGGAAGUAACACUAACGGAAGUAACACUAACGGUAGUAACUCCAACGGCAGUAACACUAACGGAAGUAACUCCAACAGAAGCAACGCCAACGGAAGUAACACUAACGGAAGUAGCACUAACGGAAGGAACACUAACGGAAGGAACACUAACGGAAGUAGCACUAACGGAAGUAACACUAACGGAAGUAACACUAACGGAAGGAACACUAACGGAAGCGACACUAACGGAAGGAACACUAACGGAAGUAACACCAACAGAAGCAACACCAACGGAAGUAACACUAACGGAAGUAACACCAACGGAAGUAACACCAACGGAAGCAACACCAACGGAAGCAACUCCAACGGAAGCAACUCCAACGGAAGGAACACCAACGGAAGCAACUCUAACGGAAGGAACACCAACGGAAGCAACUCCAACGGAAGUAACACCAACGGAAGUAACACCAACGGAAGUAACACCAACGGAAGUAACACCAACGGAAGUAACACCAACGGAAGUAACACCAACGGAAGUAACACUAACGGAAGGAACACUAACGGAAGCAACUCCAACGGAAGGAACACCAACGGAAGACAAAAAACCCGCCGUGGCUGCCUUAUACAAAGAUCUCCGAAGACACACCUGGAACAUACCUGUAGCGUGUGUUGAGGGUUCUUCUGUUCCCCCGGUCUUAAGCGAGCUUGUGAUCAUUUGGUCCAACAGACUGUUGUUGUUGUUGUUGUUCGCAGCGGGCUAA